AUAAAUACAACUAUUAAUUUUGGUAUUUUUUACCAAAAAAUCGAUUUGUGUGCGAGUGUUUGACAGUCAGGCAGUGGCAGCUAGCAGUUUAGUAGUAUUUUAGACGGUUCAGUGUUAAAACCAAUUUCAUGUGUGUUGCGUUGCGACUGUAAAAAACAUUAUUAUUGUGUUGCAUUGUUAAAAAGAAAUUAAAUAAAUGUAAAUAAUUAUUAAAAACUCAACUUUAUAGAAAACAUGUGAUAUUGUUUAUUGAUAUUUAAAACAAAAAUAACAUAUUAUUUGAUGAAAUCUAUGUUGCAAUUCUAAACUGUGUCCAUAAUGAUUUUUCUCCAAAGACGUGAAAAUUUCAAUGUCAAGUGUAGCAUAUUCCUUAUUUUAAUAAUUGCAUUGGUUUUUCAUGCAUCACUAGCAAAUGCCAAAACAAUUUUUAGUUCCUCUUUAAAACCUGCAUCGGUUACUACAAAGCCAAAUGCAUAUAAUGAUGCCACUGAAUCAAUGCCAACAUCUACAACAACAGUGGCUCCACCAGCAAAUCGAGACAUAACGAUUGGACCCUGUACCUGGGCAAUCGAUAGAAAAUGUCCAGACAAGGAUAUUACAUUUUAUCUGUAUACACGUAAAAAUCCAUCAGAUAGACAGUACUUGCAUAUCGAUGAUAGUUUAAAUUCAUCAAAUCUAACAAAUUCCUAUUAUGAUAGCAAACAUCCAACUAAGAUUAUUAUACAUGGAUAUAAUUCGGAUAUGUUUUUGCAUCCAUUGCAAAUGAUGAAAAUGGAAUAUUUAGCCAAAGGAGAAUAUAAUAUAUUUUAUGUGGAUUGGAGCAAACUUGCACCAGGCCCUUGUUAUAUGAGUGCUGUACAUAAUACCCGACAUACGGGAGCAUGUGUUGCUCAAUUGGUGGAACGUAUUUUAGAUUUAGGUAGUUCAGACAUACACGUUAUUGGCUUUUCACUGGGAGCCCAUGUCCCGAAUUAUAUAUCUAAAAAUCUGGGAACAUUUCAAUUGCCUCGUAUAACCGGUUUAGAUCCGGCUAUGCCAUUAUUUGCAUUGGCCUCCGAAAAAGAUAAAUUGGAUCCAACUGAUGCUGUCUAUGUAGAUGUGAUCCAUACUAAUGCCAUGGUUCAAGGAAAACUGGAACGUUGUGGUCAUGCAGAUUUUUAUAUGAAUGGUGGCAUAAUGCAACCCGGAUGUACAAGAAAUAAUCCUUUAAAUCCGUUUGCCUGUAGUCAUCAAAGAGCAACCACCUAUUUUUUGGAAUCUAUACGUUCACCAAAAGGUUUUUGGGGUUGGGCAUGUAGUUCCUAUAUAGCCUAUUUACUGGGCAUGUGUCCAGCUACUAAUUAUCUAGUUGAAGCUGGGGAAAAUGUUAAAAGAACUACCAGGGGCAUGUUUCUAAUUAACACCAAUGACACAGCCCCUUUUGCUUUGGGUAAAUGGACUGAUUUACCCACAUUGGGUGUCAAGAAACCAACUUCAGGCUCCUCAAUGACAUUUCGACCGCCGCCUCAAAAAGGUGAUCCUCUUUUGCGUAAUAUUGAUGAAUGGGGUAAAUUAGAUUAUAGCUUUAAUAAUCUAUAUCACCAGGAGCCCACACCAUUUUCUCAAGAUCCCUAUGGUGAGAACUGGACUUAUUUCAGCGAUGAUACGUCAGAUAUUACAAAUAACUCGGUGGAGGAACAAGACAUAGGUGAAUAUCAGAAUGCCCAUGUUAAACAUAGCCAUUCUGGUACAGAGCAUCCACAAUAUGGAUGGGAUGCAUAUAAAAGAAAUUUAACUGAGGGUUUUAUAGAUAAUUCCAUAUUUAGAAUACCACAAGUAGGUAGGAAAUAAUUAAAUAAAUAAACUAUUACUAAAUAAUUAAGGUAAAAUUAAAGCAAAAUUAUUGCUUUAAAUUUAUACAAAUUUGACCCAAAUAAUGGUCAGUCAUCCUUAUCUUAAUUUUAUCAAAUGUUAAAAUAAAUUAAGCAUCAUAAUAUUUAUGAUUGGCAUAAACUUGAA